AUGAAGGCGAUACUAGAAGAACCUCCGCUUGGCCCAAUGGUCGCAAUGUUAUUGUCGCUCGUGUUACAGCCCUAUCGGAUACAAAAGCCAGUGUCCUUCGAAGCCAUCGACUUUACGUGCACAUAUAAUGCUGUCAAGAAUCAUCGGCAUGGAACAACAGUGUCCCAAGAAUCACACACCAAAAGAAUGGAACAUCUACCAUACAAUCCUCCAGUUUUUCCUAGUCAAGAUCUCUCGUCAGGUGUUGCUGUUCCACCACCUAAGCAUCGCCAGACUCGGAAGGAUCACCACAGCCGCGCCGAGCGAUACCAGCUCGAAAGCCACCUUCUCACUGCUCAGAUUGAGGCUUUGCAAUCUCAUAUAACCGCAUACAUCGCAAACAAGCCUCCCGGUGACCUGAGGUACACCCCGAACCCGCUAGCUGUUGUCGCGGCUCGACGUUGCAAGGAACGGCAGGAGGUGAAACCAUCUCGGGUUCUUGUGAAAGAGGUUCGAAAACUGAGGAUGAAAAGGGAAGAACUGUUAGCUGCGAGGGAACAGAUGAAGACUGAAUACGAAGAACGCCAACGCUCAAGACAAAUUGGACAUCCAUCUCUCGGCCCCCUCUAG